AUGGACUUGUACGGUCGGAGCCCCACUAGAAAUGGAUCCAACCCGCUUAGUCAACAUGAAUGGCGUUCACCGACCGCUGAAGCUGCUCUCGGAGAGUCGAUGUGGCAAUUAACGCUUGGUGGUAGUGGUGGUGGUGAAUCUUACCCGGAGAGACACGGUGUGCCUAAUUGUGCUUAUUAUAUGAGAACUGGGUUUUGUGGCUAUGGUGGCAGGUGCCGUUUCAAUCACCCGCGUGAUCGUGCUGCGGUUGCUGCUGCCGUUAGAGCUACAGGGGACUACCCAGAACGGCUUGGGGAACCUCCGUGUCAGUAUUAUUUAAAAACUGGAACCUGUAAAUUUGGCGCAUCCUGUAAAUUCCACCAUCCCAAAAAUGGAGGGGGAUAUUUAAGCCAAGCUCCACUAAAUAUUUAUGGAUACCCAUUACGUCCGGGUGAGAAUGAGUGCUCCUAUUAUUUGAAAACGGGGCAGUGCAAAUUUGGCGUAACUUGUAAAUUCCACCAUCCUCAACCCGCAGGCACGUCAUUGCCAGCUUCUGCACCUCAAUUUUAUCAACAGGUGCAAUCUCCAACUGUUCCUCUGCCCGAACAGUAUGGAGGAGCUUCCACAAGCUUGAGAGUGGCCAGGCCUCCGGUGUUACCCGGUUCAUAUGUACAGGGGGCUUAUGGUCCUGUACUUCUUUCCCCAGGGGUUGUUCCGUUUCCUGGAUGGAGUCCUUAUUCGGCUCCAGUAAGUCCCGUGUUAUCUCCUGGUGCGCAACCUGCUGUCGGGGCUACUUCUCUAUAUGGAGUGACCCAGUUGUCGUCUUCAACAUCAGCUUUUGCUAGACCUUACACUCCUUUGCCCUCUUCUCCCGGUCCUGCAGGAAGCAGUCUGCAGGAGAAAAUAUUUCCUGAAAGACCCGGUGAACCGCUCUGCCAAUACUUUCUCAGAAACGGGGACUGUAAAUUUGGAUUGGCUUGUAGAUAUCAUCAUCCACAGGACCUCGUUGCUGCACGGCCAGUUCUUAGCCCCGUUGGUCUUCCUUUACGCCCGGGUGUACAGCCUUGUUCAUUUUAUUUACAAAAUGGGCACUGCAAGUUUGGCUCGACAUGCAAGUUUGAUCAUCCCGUGGCUGUGGGGUCAAUGAGAUACAGUCCAUCAGCAUCUUCUCUUAUCGAUGUUCCAGUAGCUCCCUACCCAGUCGCGUCUUUACUGUCUAACCUGGUGGUUCCUUCAACAACACCUUCAGAGUUUCGGCCUGAACUGAAGCCAGGGCCCAAAAAGGAAUCAUCAAUUUCAUCCAGAAUGCAUUCUUCUGGAACUUCUGUCGGUUUAAUUUUCUCACAGGGCGGGUCUGUCACGCUGUCUGAUGCGCAUCUUUCAAGUCAGAGUUCAGUUUCUUUGAACAGUAGCAGAAGCAGGAGCGGCGAGAUACAUUGA